AUGAAGAAUUCCAUUCAACUCAAAGGGAAAUCGCUUGAGGAAAUUAAUUUAUCCCUUCUUUACCACCCGAGACUUGUGAAUAACCCUGUGUUCCAAAAUUUAAAAGCAGAAGUGGAAAACUACUAUAAUGAAAGAAAAGAUAAACUAACAGAAAGAAAUUUCCAGCCGCAUAACUGGAAAAACCGGUUUUUUACUUCAUUGCAUGGACUGCUAAAUGAAGUCGUUUAUACUGAUAUAGCCUCGGAUGGCUUUGGCUCGUCCUGGACUACCUACUUCCGUCCAAAUCAUGAUUCAGAACUAAAAGCUAUCAAACUAGCUCGACGAGUUAGCGAGUAGUGACUAUAAUCAUAAUUGUCAACUCAUUUAUUAGUUUGCCAAUUUUUGGCUUUGAAUCAACUCCACGAGGUGACCGAAAAUUGGUAGCCCAAGCCUAGCUAAAAGCUGCCUGGGCUAUAAUCCAGAAAUUCAGCUGCAACUGUUAGGAAAGGUGAAGGCUUGAUAUGAAAAUAAAUUAUUGGAUAAUACUAAAUUUCCUGAAAUAAAAUCAAGAACAAUCGAAAUAAAAGAUCCCGAGGCUGAGGAUAAUGUAAAACCGCUUGAAGAACCUAAAAUAAUAUCGAAAGAUAUUGAAAGAAAAAUCGAAUCUCCUUCAAGAAUAACACCGUACAUACCAAAAGCCAUUAAAAUCAUCGAAAAACCAAAUAAGCAAGAUAAAAUUAUAAAAAGCGAUAUGUUUGGUUUAAAACUCCCAAAAAGAAGCAAAACCGCCUGAAUGAAUAGACCGAAGACUACAAUAAAAAUGCUUACUUCCCUUCGCUUUAAAUUGGAACAGCCAAAAUCGUUUCAAGAAUAAUUUUUGUUACUCCCCCCAUCCUUGAUCGAACGACUCGCCAUCGUUCGAUCAAGGAUGGGGGUUUAAAAAAAAUUUUUUUGGGAAAACAAUUUUAUAUAUAUAUUUUUUUUAUUUACUUUUAAAUAAGAGGGUUAAGGGUAUUUAAAUAAUAUUUUUAGAGCAAAAAAUUUAAUUAAUUUCAUAAAAAUACCAAUUUUUAAUAUUUUGAUUUAUUAGUUACCCCUUUAAACUGUAUAAAUUUUAAUUUGUUCCUUAUUAAAUUAAUUUUUUUUUUUAAAAUUUUAAAGAUCUCUAUUUUAUUAGAUUAUUAAUUUUUUAAGCCUAGAUUGAUGACUAAAUCACUUCGUAUAGUUGAUUUCAAAGCUUUCUGUCGUCUCAAAGUCCCUGAAAACAACUUCAUUAGGUGCAUCUUCCCAAGCUUUUGAUAACUUAUAUAUUUUUAUAUAUAUAAAAGUUGCAUGAUAUGAAAAUCGUUCGAUGAUGGGGGUUAAUUUCCCCGAUUUUUAGGAAUUUUUACAGUCAAUCGUUCGAUCAAGGAUGGGGGGGAGUUAGCAAAAAAUUUAUAUAUUUUUAAAAAUUUUUCGAUUCAAAGUGCUAAAUUUGUUUAAAUAGCGUUCUACUUACAGUACACCCUUAUAAUAGAACAAAUUUUAGGUUGGUUUUAGAUUUUUUUGACAUUAAAUUGGAUAUCAAAGCUAUUUACAUAGAAAAUAAAAUUUUUUACAUAUCAAAAAAUAAAAUUAUUAUCCAAUUUGCAAAAAAUUUAAUCUUUUUUAAAGGGGGGAUUUAGAGAGAAGCGAGCAAUGAAAAAUGAGCCUAAAAACUCAGAUUCAUCAUCAGAUGAUUCUGAGCCAUCAAACAAUAUUCCACAAAUAAAAGAUGAAAAUCAAUCGUUUACUACUCAAGAUGGCAACACAAGAAUUUACAAUUUCAAAUUAAAAUCGCUUUCUCUUUCAUAUGCGACAGACCAUAAUAGUGACAGUCCUAAUAAUUCUCCAUUGCUCCCACAUAUAAAUCAUGCAUAUUCAAGCACCUAUGAGCCUGAUGUGCUACCGAAUAAAAAAGAAGAAAGAAAAUCAUUUAUGAGUUCAAUGGAUUCUUCAUGUAGGUCAUCGUCAACUGAAAGACAUGUCCAAACUGCAUUUCCUAUGUCUAGAGACCAUAAUAGCCAACUAAAUGAGCUUAUCUCAAUAAAAAAUAAACUUGCUUCUAAAAAACUUCCUUGCACAAUGGAUGUUUUAGAAAUUGGUCUCCUUUCUACGAACCGGGAUAUAGAAAUUGCAUUUGACCCUGCAAAUCUUCCUAGAGGAGGCGAAAUGCUGAUUAACAAUCCUUUCCUUAAGAUUAAAAAGAAGAAAGGUAGCUUUCCCUGGCUUGAUAACAAAACAAUAAGAAAAAACUUUACUUUGGGAUAGUUAGGCAAAAAUUUUUUUUAAUAUAAUUUUUUUUUUUCAUAAAGAUGAAAGUAAGAAAAAAGGCAAGAAAAAGAAAAAACUUUAA